AACUUAUUCUUCGGCAACAAAUACAAAGUAACGAGAAGGACCGCGCGUUUGCGACUAGCGCUCGCUUCAUGUAGCUCACACUUAUUGAAGCUAUUUUUAGUGAUACAUUGUUAUUUAUUCUUUUCCGUAAAUACUUACUUGCAAGUUGUGGGAACAUCUCUAGGCUGUCGAAUUUAGCACCUGUCUAGGUGCUUUGCUAAUGCAAAGACGAUUUAGCUUGCUAGUAGCCUUGGCGUUAGAGCUGUACAGCAUCUUUUCUUCAGGAGACAAUGACCUCCGCCUCCACGAAAGUGGGAGAAAUCUUCUCAGCAGCUGGUGCUGCCUUUACCAAACUGGGUGAACUGACAAUGCAGUUACAUCCAGUGGCUGAGGCCAGUCCAGCUGGGGCUCAGGCCAAGACACCAAUCAAGAGGAAGCUGUAUGAAAACAGUGGUGUCCCUCUGUCCUCUGACUCCCAGAAGAAAAGUACCAAGAAGCCUCCGCCUGCUCCAGCUCCACCUGCUGUCAUAACAGUACCAGCCUCUCAAGUCGUCCUGACGACAGGAGUUCGAGGAUCCUCCCCGGCACACCCCUCCAUAAAAAAACAAAAGACUGCAGAUGUCACUCUAAGCGCAUUGAAUGAUUCGGAUGUCAACAGUGACCUGGUAGACAUAGAAGGUCUCGGGGAAGGCUCAUCUAAGAAACUUAAUUUUGAUCAGGAGAGCCUCAAUCUUGACUCCAACCUGAUCAUGAAUUCUAGUGAUCUUCCCCUGCUGUCUCGUUGAGCCCCGUCACCAUUGCAGUCCUGAGGGGUAUCCAUGUGUUUCCAUCAAGCAACAAACAGACGUCAUCUACAUACUGGGUCUCUAUCCGUUGUUGUCUCCGCAGACCUUUUGUGUACUUCAUCGUGGGCACCUAUCAUGCUAAAAAUGGAUGGUAUGUUGCCAACAUUUUGUGCAAGAAAAUUCUUUUUUAUAUUACAGUGUACAUAAAAGCGUGUGUAAUUUUAAACUGGAAUUGAAAGUUGUAGUCAGUUGUAGUGUAAGAACGGCCUUUGGAAUUUCCUUGUAUGGAUGAAAGUGCAAGAUUAGCUUUUGAUCUUGAGCUCUUCGGAACUCAUGGGUCAUUUUAAAUACCUAAAACCUGUCUGAAAUUACAAGGUCAACUUGGAAGGACCUAUUGUCACCAUCACUGAAGGCUACAGAUGAUAUAAUAUAUUUUUAUUCUAACAGUUGCUAAAAUCAUUGUACCAUCUACACGAGAUAUUUGUAAAGCUGUGUUAAAAUGUGUAUUUAGCUUUAAAGACACUGGUAUUUUGUCAUUGCUGUGUCCUUAAAAGGCAGUGAAGAAAGGGCCCUAGAAUAUAUUUUCAUUCAUUCCAUUGUAGGACAAGUUAUCAUACUUGUCCACUCAAAUAUGUACCGCUAAACAGGUGUAAACAUAAUGUAGAACCUUUUUAUUGAACAUUUCAGGAAGUUAAAUGUAUAAUGAUCCAAAAUACCUGAAAUGGUAUUCAGGUUAAAAACACACAAAAAGCAAUUACAACAAUGAUACAACAAUGUAACUUACAAUUAUUUUAUUUUGUUUAAAAUGGUCCCACAAAAAAAUUGUUGUGGGAUAAGAUGCACAGUCAUUUUGAGUAACAAAUAAAGUUUUUUUUUAAAAAAUGUA